GUAGAGCAUUCUAUUUUUGGUCUUCAGAUUAGGUGAAGCAGUAGAUAGGACUCUCCUUAACCAUCUUUUGAAGAUGUUUACUGCUCUAGGAAUUUAUUUGGAAAGUUUUGAGAAGCCAUUCCUCGAGUGUACGUCUGAAUUUUAUGCUGCUGAAGGCAUGAAAUACAUGCAGCAAUCAGAUGUUCCGGAUUACUUGAAACAUGUGGAGAUAAGGUUGCAUGAAGAACAUGAAAGAUGCUUACUGUAUCUGGAUGCAAGCACAAGAAAGCCCCUGGUAGCAACUGCAGAAAGACAACUCCUUGAACGCCACAUAUCUGCAAUUCUAGAUAAGGGUUUCAUGAUGCUGAUGGAUGGAAAUCGAAUUGAGGACCUCCAGAGGAUGUAUUUACUAUUUUCAAGGGUUAAUGCCCUCGAAUCACUAAGACAGGCCCUUAGCUCUUACAUCCGAAGAACUGGGCAAGGAAUUGUUAUGGAUGAGGAAAAAGAUAAAGAUAUGGUUUCCUGCCUGCUGGAAUUUAAGGCUUCUCUUGAUACAAUAUGGGAAGAAAGCUUUUCAAGGAAUGAAGCAUUUUGCAACACCAUAAAAGAUGCAUUUGAACAUCUCAUUAAUCUCCGUCAGAACCGACCUGCUGAGCUUAUUGCAAAGUUUCUGGAUGAGAAACUUCGUGCUGGGAACAAGGGUACAUCUGAAGAGGAGUUGGAGGGUACACUUGAUAAAGUUUUGGUUUUAUUCAGAUUUAUCCAGGGUAAGGAUGUGUUCGAAGCAUUUUACAAGAAGGAUCUGGCAAAAAGGCUACUGUUGGGGAAGAGUGCAUCAAUUGAUGCAGAGAAGUCAAUGAUCACUAAGUUGAAGACUGAAUGCGGAAGUCAGUUUACUAACAAACUUGAAGGAAUGUUUAAGGACAUUGAAUUAUCUAAAGAGAUAAAUGAGUCCUUCAAACAAUCAUCGCAAGCCAGGACAAAACUUCCAACAGGAAUUGAGAUGAGCGUUCAUGUCUUAACAACUGGAUAUUGGCCUACUUACCCACCUAUGGAUGUUCGGCUCCCGCAUGAAUUGAAUGUAUAUCAGGACAUUUUCAAGGAGUUCUACUUGAGCAAAUACAGUGGGAGGCGAUUAAUGUGGCAAAACUCAUUAGGACACUGUGUUUUGAAAGCAGAGUUUCCAAAAGGUAAAAAGGAGCUGGCAGUUUCUCUAUUUCAGACUGUUGUCUUGAUGCUGUUUAAUGAUGCGCAAAAGCUUAGCUUUCAAGAUAUUAAGGACUCUACUGGCAUUGAGGAUAAGGAGCUGAGAAGGACUCUGCAGUCCCUUGCAUGUGGAAAAGUUCGUGUCCUUCAAAAGUUGCCUAAAGGGAGGGAAGUUGAGGAUGAUGACUCAUUUGUGUUCAAUGAAGGGUUUACUGCUCCUCUCUACCGUAUAAAAGUAAAUGCAAUCCAAAUGAAGGAAACAGUGGAGGAGAACACAAGCACCACUGAAAGAGUGUUCCAGGAUCGUCAAUAUCAGGUUGAUGCCGCUAUUGUCCGGAUAAUGAAGACGAGGAAAGUUCUUAGUCACACACUAUUGAUUACUGAACUCUUUCAGCAGCUAAAAUUUCCAAUAAAGCCAGCUGAUUUGAAGAAAAGGAUUGAAAGCCUCAUCGACAGGGAGUACCUAGAGCGGGACAAAAACAACCCCCAGAUAUACAAUUACUUGGCAUAAUCCAUAUUGUCACACAUCUUGUAAAUGAUCCAGGAAUUUGCAGUCCUCUUCAGGCUUCCCAAUCCUUUGUCAGAUUCAUGUACAGUAGCUUGCUCCUAUUUUAUUUGUCUCAUUUGGGUCAAUACCAUAACUGUAAAGCAUAUUUUGCCCUUUUAUGUUUCUUUUGAACCCUCUUCCUGCAAUGCAGUAGAGUUACAUGAAUAAGCAAACGUUUAGGAUUAAUACCAGAAAAAGGAUCAAAAAAAGAAAAGAAGAAAAAAAAGAAUAUACCUUCACGUGGGUGGAUCAUUCCAGGUUGGAGGGAAGUAAAGAUGUUAAAUCUUCCUUUUAGCCUGACAAUUUGUGUUCCUUCUCACUGGAUGAUGAUAAAUACUUCACACUAGCAUACCAUUUUAAUGUUGUACUUAAUUCACAUUGUUUUUUUCA